CUUAACCAAUGCCGUAUCCAAUUUUACCAGCUGUUAGUGAGAAUAGUGACGAGUAUACUGAUGUAUCUAAACAUGUAAAAUCGCUCCAGGCGAGACUGGGAUUAGCCCGAUUCAAGAUGACACAGGGCUGGGAAACGUCAACGUUGAUGGAUGUGGAACAAAUGUGGAAAGAAAAGCAGCAAAAGAUGAUGAAAUCGUUUCCUACACCACGAUUUACGCAGCGAGAUAUUAUUGAUAAAAGAGUAUACAUACCUUCACCAGGCGCUCGUCAUGCCAAAGCUAAAAAGACCAAAUUAGUGAGAACCUAUUCAAACCCGAUACAACAGCAACAACAAUCUAAACCUGCACUUCAUCUUCAUCCACAAAAAGAGCAUUAUCACCCGAUGGACUCGUCGUCAUCUUCUUCUGAGGGAGAACAGGCUGUAAGAAGACGAUCUAUCACGCUUCAUUCACCACCCCACGUAAGGAAUUCAUUGGAUUAUCUAUCUUAUGCUAUUGCCAUGACAGAAAAUGAACCGGUUAUCAUGUCUUCACAACCGUUACCAGAUGUGACCGAGAUUGAACCCAACUUAAUUGAUAGCUUAAAAGUAUCCACAUCUACUACUCCACCGAAAUUAAGUCCUCCUCCAUCACCUGUCACUUUAGCUGCAAAAGCAAUCAUGAUGUUUGUCAAUCACCCUACACAACCAGCUCAUAAUUCUCAUUGAAAGAAAAAGCCUAUAUCCCCCCACCCCUACCGCAUUCAUGUGAUAAAAAAAUAGCUCUUUUUUUUCUCUUUUGUACAUUUAUUUCAUUUGCUGUAUCCUAUAUUUUUUUUUUCUUAAUAAAAAAAUUGAAAAAAAAAAUAGUGGAUACAAAACACGUAUC